AUGUCGAGGCUCCUGGAACCGCUUGCUGUGGGGAGAGUUAUAGGAGAGGUGGUAGAUAACUUCACUCCAAGCGUGAAAAUGAACAUUACUUACAAUGGGAACAAGCAAGUGUGCAACGGGCACGAGCUCAUGCCUGCUGUCAUUGUUGCUAAACCUCGGGUGGAGGUUGGUGGCCAAGACAUGCGUGAUGCUUUUACCCUCAUCAUGACCGACCCCGAUGUUCCUGGCCCUAGUGAUCCAUAUUUGAGGGAACAUCUUCAUUGGAUUGUUACCGACAUUCCUGGAACCACUGACACCUCUUUUGGUAAAGAAAUCGCGAGCUACGAGACCCCUAAGCCAGUCAUCGGCAUCCAUCGCUAUGUGUUUAUCCUGUACAAGCAGAAGGCACGCCAGGCGGUGAAGCCACCAGCUACUAGAGACCAAUUCAAUACCAGAAGCUUCGCUGAAGAGAAUGGGUUGGGAUCACCCGUGGCUGCUCUCUACUUCAACGCCCAAAGAGAAACAGCAGCAAGAAGAAGAUGA